AUGAAUUCUACAAACUGUAUAGAGGAGGACCAAGAAUUAUCAAUAUCAACCUCAUCAUCUGCAGAUGAUGAUCAGAUACUAGUUGAAGAAAUAGAAUGGAAAAUGCUGGAUAAAACAAAGUUUUUGAUCCUGGGUGCAGGGCUGUUUUCGUGUGUAUCUGCUGCACUUUACCCCGUGGUUGUAUUAAAAACUAGGCAACAAGUAGUUUCAUCAUCAUCACCACCUCACCAUCAUCAUUUAUCUAGUACUAGCUUAAAAACCAUCCUAAGAUAUGAAGGUUUACGCGGCCUUUAUCGAGGGUUUGGCACUUCCUUAAUUGGCACGGUCCCAGCCCGAGCCUUGUACAUGACCGCCCUCGAGGUUACCAAGAGUAAUGUGGGUACGAGUGCACUUGAGUUGGGGUUUCCCGAACCAACUGCUGCUGCUAUUGCUAAUGCAAUGGCUGGUUUGACUGCCGCAUUGGCUGCGCAGCUUGUUUGGACACCUAUUGAUGUCGUUACCCAACGGCUAAUGGUGCAAGGUAGUACUAGUACCACUACUAAUAAUAUGUUGAAAAUGUCUAUGUAUGUGAAUGGGAUCAAUGCUUUUAGAAAGAUCAUGCGUGCAGAUGGGCCGAGAGGUCUGUAUAGAGGUUUUGGUAUAUCCGUUUUGACUUAUGCACCUUCAAAUGCGGUUUGGUGGGCUUCCUACUCUGUGGCUCAAAGACUUGUUUGGGGUGGAGUCGGGUCGUAUUUGUGUAGGAAAUAUGAGGAUGGGAACGGUGUUGUAGCUUUAAUUAGGCCUGAUGCAACGACUGUAAUGGCGGUUCAAGGUGUUAGUGCGGCUAUGGCAGGAGGUGUGUCCGCUUUGGUUACAAUGCCUUUGGAUACCAUCAAGACGAGGUUGCAAGUACUUGAUAGUAGUAAUGAUGAUAACAACGCAAGGAAAGGACCGAGUGUUGGACAAACUGUGAGGAUUUUAGUAAGAGAAGGCGGAUGGAUGGCUUUCUAUAGAGGCUUAGGUCCGAGAUGGGCUUCCAUGUCCAUGUCCGCGACAACGAUGAUCACAACAUACGAGUUUCUCAAACGACUCUCGACUAAGAGUCGAGAAAGUUUGACAUGA